AUGAAGUUUGAGGACCUUCUUCAAGAGAUCAAUGGCUUUGGAAGGUUCCAGAAGAUGAUCCUCUGUCUCACCUUCCUGGGACGCUUCACAUUGCCAUGUCACUUCCUGAUUAACAACUUCAUCGCGGGCAUCCCGUCCCAUCACUGUGACAUCAACUGGCUGGAUGGUGACGGUGACUUUGGUGACUGGGACCUCCUGAAGAACUUGUCCAUGGAACAGAGGCUAACUGUCAGCAUCCCAAAACAGGCGGACGGGAGCUUCUCCUCCUGUCUCAUGUAUACAGAGCCACAGUUGCAUCUUCUGCAGCUGCAACAACAGACUGGCAACCUCUUCGACAACAAUAUCACCGCCACCCAGCUGCCUACUGUGCCAUGCCAGAAUGGAUGGGUAUAUGACAACAGCACGUUCACCAGCACACUGGCAUCUGAGUGGGAUUUGGUGUGUGAGAGGAAAGGGAUGAACAAAGGCACUGCUACCAUAUUCUUCAUUGGAGUCAUGUUUGGAGCGGUGUUCUUUGGCAGCAUGAGUGACAGGAAGUUCGGUCGCUGCAUAAUGCUGCUGGUGUCGUAUGUGUCAGGGAUGGCAUUUGCUUUGGGCAGUAUCUUCUCCACCUCCUACGUCAUGUUUGCUGUCCUGAGAUUCUUCACCGGCUUCAGCAUUAUAGGCAUUGUCAUUGCCACCUCUGUGCUCAUAGUUGAAUGGGUGGACAUCAAGAGCAGGAGGUUAGUGGGAGUGAUUGACGCUCUAUCUUGGACGUGUGGGUACAUGUUGCUGUCCUUCCUGGCGUUCUUCAUCAGAGAUUGGAAGUGGCUCAUAGUGGCAGCCACCUCCCCUGUGGCCUUCUCUAUAAUAUCUUGGAGGUGGGUACCAGAGUCUGCUAGGUGGCUCAUAGCCAAUGGGAGGCUGGAUGAAGCGCAUCACUACUUAAAGAAGUGCAUCAAGAUGAACGGCAAACAGGAAAAGGCCUCAUCCAUCAAACCAGAGAAUCUAUCUAACAUAGUGAUGUCAGACCGUGGAGGCAGGAAAUAUUCCUACCUGGAUCUGCUGCGGACUCCUAAGAUGAGGAAGCUGGCUCUGUUCACCGGCCUCACCUGGUACGGAGUUGGUUCCACCUUUUACGGCAUCAGUUAUAACAUUGCAGGCUUCGGAGUCAACAUCUAUCUCACGCAGUUCAUAUAUACCACUGUUGAGGUGCCAGCCAGGUUGUCCAUAUACUACCUGAUCGAUAAGAUUGGGCGCCGCAAGACACAAUGCGGGUCUCUGUUCCUGGCUGGCCUGAGUCUUGCCAUGGUGGCAGCUAUCCCAAAAGACCAUAAGUUAGUCAUGACAGUGAUAGCAGUUCUCGGUAAAGGCUUCUCAGCAACUUCCUUUGCCACGCUGGGGCUUUACAGCAAUGAGCUCUACCCAACUGUGGUCAGGCAGAAUGGCAUGGGCUGGAACAACUUAUGCGGUCGCAUGGGUGUGGCGUUAGCCCCCCUGAUCCUGCUGCUGGAUGAUGUGGGGCAUGGUCUGCCCCAGGUCGUCCUGUGCCUCAUCGCCAUGGCAACCAGCCUGGUGGCCAGCCGGCUGCCCGAGACGCGCGGCCGUUGCCUGCCAGAGGCCAUCGAGGACGUGGAGGGGACAAGAGCACCCCAUGUGGAAUCACCAGUUCUCACUGAGGAAACAGAGAAGCUGGGAGACGGAAACAGCUGAUCAGGGUCAUGACGUCAUGCAACUGGGGGUCUUGUCAUCAGACUCAAAGAAAAUGUUGUCAAUCCCAAAAAGUUCAAACUUCCGUGCACAGCUAAGGGCAGGUGCUGUGGUGACUGCAGGAUUAGUAGACACUUUUUCCUUUGUGAAACUGAUGAUGCUACACACGAAACGAGUUGUUUGCUCAUAAGAGAAAUAAAGUUUGUAUAUUCAAGCA